AUGAGCGUCAAAGUAGGCCAUAAAAGUAAACUUUCGGAUCUUUUGCACUACCGGAUUAGGGUGCUAACUAAUGAUGGCAAAGCUUUCGUCGGAGAACUGAUGGCAUUCGAUUCACAUAUGAACUUGGUGCUGGGUGAUUGCGUAGAACUGAGAAUUCCCACGACGCAAAUGGCACAACUGAAGGCGAAAAAUAAGGACCCUAAUGCAAAACCCAAAGUAGAAACACGUACGCUUGGACUGGUGGUGCUGCGAGGCGAACAAGUGCUCACAACGGUGGUGGAGAGUGGACCGGCGAUGAGCAAACGAGAAAGAGCUGUUGCUCAAGAAAGAAAAGCUGCGCAGCUCAAGAAACAGAAACACAAGGGAAAGGGCGUGGUGAAACCGGCUACCAAGAAUAAUGCCACGCCGUCUGCACCAGUCUCGAAACAAGCCAUAGGGUUCCAGAAGGGCUCACAACAGCCAGUUGCUGCUCGUCCGUUCCAGCCUCCACCCGGAUUCAAGAGAAGGUGA